AUGCCACAAAUACAUCGAGGCUCUUCGUCGACAAUGACUGAAAACUGCAUUCAUGAACCAUUAAGUGAAGAAGAAUUGCGCUCACUUUCUGUCAUUACGCCUGAAGAUGUAUUACGUUUGGACAAAAUCACCGAUGAUUAUUUGUGCAAACCAGAGGCGAAUAUUUUCGAUAUUGAAUUUACUCGUUUCAAAAUUCGAGAUCUUGAAACAGACCAAGUGCUUUUCGAAAUCGCUAAACCUACAAAUGAAUAUGAAGACAAUGAAUAUCCGGUGGCGAGUGUGCAGUUGGCAAUAGAUGAAGCAAGCGCUACUCGAUUUGUUCGUUACCAAUUUACUCCUGCUUUUCUGAGACUUAAACGUGUCGGCGCAACUGUGGAAUUCAACGUUGGAAACCAACCUGUAAAUAAAUUUCGUAUGAUUGAACGGCAUUUUUUCCGUGAUCGUCUUUUAAAAAGUUUUGAUUUUGAAUUUGGAUUUUGCGUUCCGAAUAGCAGAAAUACAUGUGAACACAUUUAUGACUUCCCGCAGCUAUCCGAAACUCUAAUCAAUGAAAUGAUUGCUUGCCCAUACGAAACACGAUCAGACAGUUUUUACUUUGUUGAAGAUCGCCUAAUAAUGCACAAUAAAGCAGAUUAUGCCUAUAAUGGUGAUGUUUAA